AUGGUAUGUUCAACUACUGUGCUGUCUAACUCCGAAGAAAUCUGCUUGUAUCAUGAUGAGUCAGGACUGAAUGUUUUGGGCUGCAGAACUAUUUUCUCACGAAAGGCUUCAAAGGAUGAAGGCCUUCUAGAUUCCCUGCCAUCUGGAGUUCUGUGGAUGUGUGUGAGUGAGCGUGAGUAUUUUGGAGUGGACAUUCAGAGAACCUUCACCUUCUCUCUAAACUUCAGAGUCCUGCGACCAGUAGUAAAGUUGCAGAACAACAGAGGAAACAACAAAUACUCAUACACCAGCAACUCUGACGAUAACCUGCUGAAGAACAUUGAACUGUUUGACAAACUCGUCCUGCGAUUUAAUGGCCGCGUCCUGUUUGUCAAAGACGUGCUGGGGGAUGAGAUCUGCUGCUGGUCUUUUUAUGGCGAAGGCCGCAAGAUUGCUGAAGUGUGCUGCACUUCCAUUGUCUAUGCUACAGAGAAGAAGCAGACCAAAGUUGAGUUUCCCGAAGCCCGAAUAUUCAAAGAAACCCUCAAUAUCCUCAUCUAUGAGAACAACAGAGGAUCUGGACCAGGAGGCUUGCACCUUUUAGAUUCAAGAGGCUCCGGUUCAUCGCUGGGAACUGGUCAGUCAGAGGAAGAGGGUGCCGUGGGAGGGGAUAGACGAGUACGACGGAUCCACGUAAGGAGACACAUAAUGCAUGAUGAAAGAGGCCACGGUCAGCAAACUGUGUAUAAGGACUAAUAAUGUGAAAACAAGGCAGGGGAAAGGGACUUAAAAAAAAAUCCCAACAUAGUUUUUUUUGUUUGUUGUUUUUUUGUUUUUUGAAUGCUAAGGGAAUGAAAAACACGUCUUCGAUGACAGCAAUAGUUUGGUACGUAAUUUCAUUAAAUGUCCUCAGACUUUUCAGAAAUGUUGGUUGAUGACUGAUUUGUAAAUUAGGUCUGAGUGUGUGUGGAAAGGAAAAUGCAUCUGUUUACAUGAAAACAAUGUGUGUACAGUCUUUAGAUGGGAAAUACUGGUAGUGAUACUGGCAUUGACAUUACUUUUCAGAGGUUAAUGAACCUCCUGCAAGCUACUGAAUGGUCCUCAAAACCCAACGUCCACACAUCUUUAUCUUAGAGCAGACAACCUAAUGUCCAUGUGGGUUUUAAUGACACGCACAGGCAGCCUUUUCUGUGUGUGACUUGUAGGAAACACUGUGUCAGGUUAUGCAGGCUGUGAAACUUUAUUCCCCUUUCUCUUCUGGAGUGAGAUGCUGCCGAACAUUGAUGGACAGAGGAUAGUGAAGUUGAGCCUAGAUAUUGCAACACUGGAAUAAAACACAGUAGCCAUUUUUUUUUCCCGGGGGCCCGGGGGGUCUUUGUGAAUGAUGAGCAGCUCAGUUUUCUUUAUUUAUGUUAUUACAGCUGUUGCUUCAAGAUGUUUUUAUUAAUUUAUGAACCUAAUUUAUUGUUUGGUAUUUAACUUUUGUAUUGAGUCUUUGUGUUCACUCGUGCUUAAAGGAGUUUUAAUUUCAGAAAAGGUACGUUGCACUCUCUCUGCACUCAAAAUUUGAAUUUACCCCUGUAAAUGAAUAAAUUGUAAGCUUACAUUUCAGUUUAAUUUUUCAAGAGGAACCGAAACCAUUUCUUGGAUUUUGCAUUUUGUUCUGAGCCAUAGACUUUCACUUCUUCUCUGUCUUAAACUAAACUACAGAAUUUUUUUCUUUUUUGGGGGGGGGGGGGGGGGGGUUGUUUUGUUUUAUUUUAUGUUGUUUUUCUUUGGCCAUAUGAUGAUGACAAAAGUGGUGUGUGUACUGGGUUGUAUUUUUAGUUCUCUCAGGGAGAGGAUUUUCUUUCUAAUCUUCACUAGUGUGUAACCCUAAUCACUCUGAAUACUGGAAAAAUCUGAAUGAGAGCAAUAUGUAUCUGAGAUCCUUUAUAAAAUAACCUUGAAUAUGCACUAAUGUAAUUUCUGUCCAAUAGUUGUCAUGGAAAUAUUUUGAAUAAAUGACUGAAAUCUA